CGCUCCACCCUUAAUCUAUUAGAUUCCAGUUGCACCCAACACUACGAAGAUGGUCUAGCUGCACCCAAUACUACGAAGAUGGUCUAGUUGCACCUAACACUACGAAGAUGGGACCCAAAAUGUAGAUGAAGUGAUCACAAGCACUACCAUUGAUUAUGAUCAUUCACGACAGUCAUGGGCCAGCUGGCCCCGAAGAAUUGGAUGAUGGGUUUCAUGUGCGGUACUUGGGAAGUGUUCUCUUUCCUACCAGAAAAAAGAAAGUGAACAUGCAAACUAUACAGAGACCACUACUGGACUUGUACACUAAGUCCAGAAGAAGAGGUGAAGACCAUCGUACUGUCCAUCCCUUAGCUUUGACUCAGUACCUUUUGUUAUCAGAUUACGGACUGGUAGUGGCUGAAAACGAAGAUAAUCGAGAAACAGGAACCCGUGAAGCAGUGGUCAGAAAGGUAAUCACUCCGGUGUCAGGAAUGAUUCUUUGGGCUGCAGUACGUUUUCACACUAGAAUAUUGAAAAGACGAAUGUUCGGUGCUGCCUUCGUUCCUUUAGCCUGCUCAGAUGCAGUUGUUGACAAAGGCAACUGUGUCCCACUCACAGCGAAACACCGGUUUCUGGUAAGUUUAACUCAUCCAUCUCUUUUUGCUUGUUUUCUUCAUUGUGUGGGGUCUUCAAAGUCUGUGGAGUGUCAUGCUUUUGUUUGUGCCAAUGCUGAGGAUGCCAUGAUCAUAUGCUCUUCGCUAGACAGUAUUAAACAAACAUAUGAAAGAAUUGGUUCGCUGGAGCUCCUUUUUAUAGAAAGAAGCAGCAGUCGAACAUCAGAUGUUUCUGGAAGAUUUUUCAAUAAUAACAAUGUACUCAUGCCCGAAAUGGAGACGUAUUCGAUCAUUACUCAUACAAGUGAAAACAGCAAUAGACAGAUAACUCGCCAACCUCAUCAAAGCAUCGCCACAAGAUGGAUGAAUGUCAGAACUAGUGGGCCGGGGUUUGAAACUUGUUAUGAAAAUGGAAUGAAAGAGAUUCCUUCAUCCCCUGAUUCAAACAAAAAAUAUACCCGAAAUAGUCAUGGAAUUGAAAAAGGGAAAUUGCAAAAACUCACUCCUAUGUCUCCUCAUCAUCGAAGGAAAAAUGAGGAAGUCUACAAUAGGAGUAGGUCUUGUGAAAGGCUAGUAGAGAAAAUAAAUGGAUCAGAUAUUGAUCAACAUAGAAGUAAAUCUUGUAGUAGGUUGGCUGAUGUUCAUUCUUCACCAGAGUAUAAAAACAGAAGUUAUCCUGCUAAUUUGAACAGGAACUCUUCAUCUUCUUCUUUUGAAAACCAAAGAAGAAGCCAUGAGGAAAGAUACGUGAAAGCAUCUCCCGAAGAGCGCACAAAUCCAUCUCGCAUUAUCAGAAAACAAGUAUUGCAAAACCGCAGUAAAUCUAUGGAGAAAAUGAACCAUAAUGAUGGUCACUCUUCCUCUGAAAAUGAUAGAAAUGUAGCUAAAGUUAAUCGUUGUCGUUCAGCGGAAAGAAUAGAAAAUAAAUUGUCAUUAUCCCCACUCUUGUCUCAAGGAAAUGCUACCAAAAACCCAAAUCAGUCGAUGGGAAACGCUUUUAAUUUGAACCCUUCUUUACUAGGUUAUGAGAAGAAAGCUACCCUUGUUCGCAACUCUAAACAGGAACAAUUUGAGCAUCAAAGCAAUGAAUUUCGACACAAUCAAAACAAUAGUUCUAAUCGAACAAACACAGCGAAAACUGAAAACUUAAAAGAGUCUUUACUACCGGAACAUGAACGAGAACACAUUUGGAAAGUUAUACAGAAGCACAGUAAUGUUCAUAACACAACACCUCAGUUAUAUCAGUCAAAGUCUGUUGAGCCUUGUUCCACUACAGAAGGUACUGUACGAAUUAUUCCAAUCAGAAUCGCAGAACAAGAUCGACCGGUCUGUGUAUUAAAUGACAGUAAUCAGAAAGAUUCAGUUACAAUCACACAAACAAUAAAUAUGGAAUGCGAAAGUGAUUCUCAGUACUCGUCUGACAGUACACGAAAGAAAAACGUUGAAUACAGUAUUAAAAACCAUGAAGUUGAAAGCGAUAUCGAUUCCAGACUGGAGAGAUUUACUAGUAGUGAAAGUAGUGUUUAUUACACUAAUUCCUUAAACAAGAAAAAACAGUCCAAAAACUUUCAUAAAUCUGGUGAAUCUACCUUGCAGCUGCCAAAACAGUAUUUCACAGUUCAAUGUGUUUCCGAAAAUGUAAAUGAAUAUGAUCCAAGAACUCACGUAAACAAACAUCUUUUACUGAAAAUCCAACAAAAACUAAUCGAAAAGAAGAAAUGGAACUUUUUGAGACAAUGGAUUUUAGUAGCGAGAGCGAGUAUUCUGGCGUGAGCAAUAAAAGCGACGAAAGGCAUUAUGUGAACG